CAUCGUUUUUAAUUAUCAAUAUCCGCAGACCGCCUCCCAUUGGUCAAUAUCUCCACUAUCGCCCCCUUGCCAAAGCUCGCAGAGCUGCACACGUGGGGAACCCCAGCUAAAGCUCCUCGCCGCACCCCCUCUCUUCCGGGCACCUCGACCCCCCACAUAUCUGCAAGUGCCAUCUCUGCAGUCCUCUGCUGUCUCCACACGGUUUCUUUGGUCUCCACUCGUCCUGUAGAACCCAAGAUAUCUCGUAAACCAUGAGCCAGAAGCUGCGCGACUUGAUCCGCGGCGUGCGAGCCUGCAAAACAGCGGCGGAGGAGCGUGCCGUGAUUGCCAAGGAGAGCGCUCUGAUCCGCACAAAAUUCAAGGAUCAGGACAAGCAGUAUCGCCACCGCAACGUGGCCAAGCUGCUUUUCAUCCACAUGCUCGGGUACCCGUCGCACUUCGGUCAAAUGGAGUGCGUCAAGCUCAUUGCGAGCCCCUACUUCGCGGAGAAGCGCAUGGGCUACUUGGGUUUAAUUCUCUUGCUCACAGACCAGGAGGACGUGCUCACACUCGUCACCAACUCCGUCAAAAAGUGAGUAGAGUUUUCAUGUGGACCAUUAUUGGUGACUAAAUUGUGUUUUUUUUUCCUGAUAUUUAGUGAUCUGAACAACCAGAACCACUUCACUGUGGCGUUGGCACUCACGGCAGUAGGCAACAUUGCUUCGGCGGAUAUGGCGCGUGACUUGGUGAUGGAUGUGGAUCGUCAUCUUCGCAGCGACAACGAACAUCUACGCAAGAAAGCGGCGCUGGCAGCCGUUCGGGUGUUCACAAAGGUGCCAGACUUGGUGGAAGACUUUACGGAAUCGAUCUUGGGACUGCUGCGUUCCAAGCACCACGGUGUGUUACUUGCAGGUGUCCAGCUGAUCACAGAGGUGGUUCUACUGGAUGCAGAGAACUUGAAGACGUUCAGUAGCCUGGUGCCGAAGCUUGUCAAGCUACUGCGUAACUUGCUGUCCAUGGGAUACUCGAGUGAGUACGACGUCAGUGGCAUUGCCGAUCCGUUCUUGCAAGUGGCAAUUCUGAAGCUGCUGCGUCUACUGGGUAAGGACAACGAGGAGGCUAGCGAGGCCAUGAACGAUGUACUGGCACAAGUGGCUACAAACACAGAGACGGCCAAGACGGCGGGCAAUGCCAUUCUGUACGAGUGUGUCCAGACAAUUAUGACGAUCGAGAGUGACAGCGGACUUCGUGUGCUUGCGAUCAACAUUCUGGGGCGAUUCCUGCUCAACCGUGACAACAACAUUCGAUAUGUGGCACUCAACACGCUGUCCAAGGUCGUCACGGACGAUAUUGCGGCAGUGCAGCGCCAUACCAACACCAUCGUGGACUGUCUGAAGGACCCGGACACUUCUAUUCGCCAGCGUGCGCUCGAGCUGAUCUACGCGCUCGUGAACUCGUCAAACAUUCAAACGCUUGCUCGUGAGAUGCUCAACUACCUGGUCAUCGCUCCCAACGAGCAGAAGCCCGAGUUGUGCUCUCGUAUUGCUGAUGCUGUGGACCGUUACGCACCGUCAAGCCGGUGGCACAUUGAUACGUUGAUCACGAUGUUGUCGAUUGCUGGCUCGACGCUGCCGGACGAGCGGAUAUGCAGCUCGCUCAUCACGCUUAUCCAGCGCAACACGGACCUGCACCCAUACGUGGUCCACAAACUGUUCUGGGCUCUUCACGACGAUGUCUCCCAGUUGUCGCUCGUCCACGUGGGCAUCUGGUGUGUCGGUGAGUACAGUAAGUUCCUCCUGUUGGAUGCGCCCGCGUCUGAAGAUACGCUGACCGACAAGAGCCGCGUGGAUGAGAGCAGCAUUGUGGAGCUUUUCAAGACGAUCUUGCGUCACCACGGAGCCACGGACAUCACGCGCGCGUAUUCGCUGAACGCUAUGGUGAAGCUGACGACGCGAUUCAGCUCUCCGUCUGAGAUCGCCAAGCUGAAUUCAAUGAUCUCCUCCUUCAACACGUCCAUGGUGCUCGAGCUUCAGCAGCGUGCCACCGAGUACACCACUCUCGGCCAGCCGCAGUGGUCUUCUCUCCGCAAUGAUGUUCUGGCCAACAUGCCUGCUAUCGAUGCAUCCAAGGUACGCAGCCGCAAUGACAACCUUGCGUCAUCGGCUGUGGGCUCUGCUGAUCUCCUCGGCGACGAAGAUACCAGCGCAAACACGAGUGCUUCGACUGCUCCGAAGCCAGUGCAGGCCGCCAAGUCAAGUGCUAGUGCCAGUCUACUCGACCUGGACGACAUCUUUGGCGGCGGUGCAUCGACGUCAAGCGCUGGUACGUCGAUGUCUGCUUCGUCUUCGGCUCCAACUGCGCCCGCUGUGGACCUGCUAGCAGACAUUUUCUCAGGCGGACAGAGCGCCCCAACCCCAGCUCCUGCACCUGCUUCUUCUAACGGCGGCUCGGCUGCUCCCGGUGCUAACGACUUACUGGGAUUGAUGGACUUCGGUGCACCUGCAGCGUCAGCACCCCCAUCAGCGAACCCGCCAGUGCGUGCGUACGAAAAGAACGGUCUGACUGUGGACUUGGAGAUCACAAAGCCCAACCCGGACGACAAGUCGGUGACGUACAUCACGGCGACUACGCGGAACUCGACGCCCACUCCGAUCGAGAAGUUUGUGUUCCUUGCUGCGUUCCCCAAGUACAUCAAACUGAAAAUGGAGCCCCCAACUGGCGACUCUGUGCCCGCGAACAACAGUAGUGCAGUCACGCAGGUCGUCAAGAUCCAGAACAGUAUGCAGGGCGAGAAACCUGUGCUCAUGAGGAUUAAGCUGGAAUUCUUCGUAAAUGGCAGCAAGGUGGAGGACAUGGCGACAGUUAACAACUUCCCGUCCAACAUUUAAUCAGUCAAGUAGAGACAAAGAGCCUGGCUAGAGCUUAGGAUCUGCACCAAUGUCCUAGCGACGAAGACCAAAACAAUAUAGCCCUGCUUGUUUCGUGUUGAUAAGA